UCCAGCCAGGUGGCAUUCCAAGUGCAGCUAGCGGAAAAAAAAAAAAAAAGCGCAGCAAACGGGAGCGCGCGCAGCUUCUCCAAAUCCGGAUUUCUCGUCAGAAUGUGAGGCAGGCGUGCGUGUGUGCGUGCAGACUUGUAAACUCGUAACCUGCCAGCGACGGCCGCCGGACUCGCACGUUCGGAGGCGAAGAGCGCAGCUUGUUUGCAAAUAUCGCCGGGGGUGGGGAGGGGGGGUGAAGAGCGAAAGCAGCCAGACAGUGUGCAGCGGCGACGGGAGGAAAGCAACAUGUCUUCUGCCCACCAAGUGUCGUCUUCCAGAAGGCAGUCAUGCUACCUGUGCGAUCUACCUCGCAUGCCUUGGGCCAUGAUUUGGGAUUUUAGCGAGCCUGUGUGCCGAGGAUGUGUCAAUUACGAAGGCGCCGACCGCAUCGAGUUUGUGAUCGAGACAGCCCGGCAGCUCAAGAGAGCCCACGGCUUCCAAGAUGGGAGAUCCCCCGGAGCGCCACCCCCACCGACUGUGAAGAGCCAAGCUGCUUUAUCAGCAAAAGAGCCGGCGCAGCUGAAUCACGUCGACGGCUCCUCCAAAGCGCCCCAAUCGACGUUGGAUCGCUAUUCCCUGAACGCGGACAGAGCACGUUUCGAGUACCCGGGCAUCGGCGGCCACGCCAGCAGACUCCCGAAUGGCCUCGGCGGCCCCAACGGCUUUGCUAAGGCGGACGACGGGCCCCCGGAGCUGAAUCGGCAGAGCCCCACCUCUCGGAGAAAUCACGGAAUGGUUCCGGUCCCAGGGCAGAUGAACGUCCCACCUAACCUGCUGCCACAGACGAUGCUCAACGGCCCUGGAACAGCGGCCAUCGCCCCGCAUGCCCUGAGCAGCCGUCCCCCUCCUCCCAACAGCGUGUCGCUGACUGAAGUGAGUAAGCGACCGGGCUCCGUGUCCAGCACGGACCAGGAGCGCGAUCUCAAGGAGAAGCAGCGCAACGCCGAGGCUUUGGCCGAGCUGACCGAGAGCUUGCGGAAUCGCUCCGAGGACUGGGUGAACAAGCCCAAGAUGGUACGGGACACCGUGGUGACGCUGUCUAGUUGCACCCCGUUUGACGUACGCUUCAAAAAGGACCACACGCUGCUCGGCCGCGUUUUCGCCUUCGAUGCCGUGUCCAAACCAGGCAUGGACUACGAGCUGAAAAUCUUCAUCGAGUACCCCAGUGGCUCCGGCAAUGUGUUCUCCAGCGCAUCGGGGGUGGCCAAGCAGAUGUACCAGGACUGCAUGAAAGACUUCGGCCGAGGCCUGUCCUCGGGUUUCAAGUACCUGGAGUACGACAAGAAGCACGGGACCGGUGACUGGCGGCUGCUGGGAGACCUGCUGCCGGAGAACGUGCGCUUCUUUAAAGAGCUCGCCAGCUCGGACAUGCUUCCCCAGACGUACAUAGACGCCAGCUGCCCCUUGCUGCCCACUGCGCUAGUAAACAUCGCCCGUGCUUUGCCGGCGGUGGCAGCGAGUGCCCCGAGGACCACCGUUCGCAAGCGUAAAGCCUCCCCGGAGCCCGACUCCGCCGAGGCGGCACUGAAGGCUUCCGAAGAACAGCAGAGGCAGCAGUGGAUGGCGAGCCAGAGCGAGGCGCUCAAAAUGACUAUGGCUUCGGGGGUGUUUGCUGCCACUCACGGGGGCGGGCCACCAUCUCUCGGACCUGGGCACACCGCGCACUCCAGCCGGACCACGCCGCCCGAAAGCGCCCCUCAGAACGGACAGUCCCCCAUGGCGGCCCUGAUGUCAGUGGCGGACACCCUGGGCAAUGCGCACUCCCCGAAGGAUGGCAACUCUGUGCACUCGACCACCUCUGGCAGGCACAGCAGCAGCAGUCCAGUGUCACCCGCAUCGAUGCCUGGCCAGCGUCGCCGCAACGGGGACCUUAGCCUACCCGGAGCGCCCCCUCCCGGCAUGGAGUCGGGCCACCCGCAAAACAUUCCAGACUCGCCCAUGGCCAACAGUGGGCCGCUUUGUUGUACCAUCUGCCACGAACGUUUGGAGGACACGCAUUUCGUUCAGUGCCCGUCGGUGCCCAACCACAAGUUCUGUUUCCCUUGUUCUAGAGAGAGCAUCAAGGCGCAGGGGGCGACCGGUGAGGUGUAUUGCCCCAGUGGAGAUAAAUGCCCAUUGGUAGGUUCGAAUGUGCCUUGGGCAUUCAUGCAAGGUGAGAUUGCGACCAUUUUAGCUGGGGACGUUAAAGUGAAAAAAGAGAGAGACCCUUAGGUGUGCAGCAGCAGUAAGCAGCUGCCUUCUGUCACCUUCCACAUGCAGUAUCUGUGAGUGACAGACAGACAGACAGACUUGACACAAUCAGUCUUAUGUACAGACUUUCUUCUCGCCGUGUGUUUCAAGAUUUUGAAACACAAGUUACGUUUUGCUUCUUCAUUUAAAAGGAUGAAGUUCUUUUGUUACACAGAUUGCAUUCUGUAAACUGUUGUUGUUUAGGGUGGAGGCUCCUUGGCCAAGGUGCACGGCAGUUGUUUGAAAAUUGGGGAAGGGGGCAGGAGUGUAUUUCUUUUUUUUCUUUUCUUUUGAUCAAUUUCUGCACUUCCUAAAAUUUCCAAGGCAAGUGCUAACACCCUCAAAUGACAGACAUGUCGGUAAAGUGGAGAUCGCGGUGGUCCUCGUCUGCUCCUCUGUCUGCACUUUUUUUUCCCCCCCCCAAACAAAGGUGGGAAAUUUCUUAACUCUUUCCUCCUUUGAGCAACUUAAGUUCAUUUUCUGUCCUGGUGAUCUGAUCCACCAAUCUCACCCCACUCUUUCUCACCAUCCCAACUAAGGUGGUCUCUCCAAUCUCUGUCCUCAAUUUUUGUUUUCCUUUAUGCACGGAUGCUUUAAUCGUAGAGCAGAAUGCUAUUCUUGGGAAUAUGCUCUGUUUGUUCUUUGUACAUUUCUGUAGGAACAGAAGACUGUAAUGUGCCUUGGAGCUGAGUAAACUGUAAUAAAUUCAAUUGAUAUGAAUA